UAAGCUUCAAACUUUCUCGGUUUGCAACGACGACUUGAAAGAAACGCUUUAAGGCUUCGUCAGUGUCAUCAUCUUCUUCUCAACUUCGAUCCUUCUCUCUCCCAAAACGACAACAAAAUGGACCGCGUUUCACGGCGAACCCGGGUUCUCACCAACCACCUCAUCGGACCUCCGCCGGAGACGCUUCUCGCCGCCAAUCCAUGCCUCAAUUACUCUCCGCCGGAGCUGUCGGAGCCGUCCGAAUUCGAUCCCAAGGCGAUGCGAUCGCUGUUGGACGCGCACAAUCUUCAGCAGCGGGACUGGCUCUUCGGGCUCCUGAUCCAGAGCCCUCUCUUCAAUCCCCGCACCGCCGCCGGGAAAGUCUUCGUCUCGCCGGACUACAACCAGUCGAUGCAGCAGCAGAGGGAGAUGACGAUGAAGCGAAUCACCUAUCUUUUGGACCGAGGCGUCUUCCAUGGUUGGCUCACGGAGAAAGGGCCCGAGGCAGAGAUGAGAAAGUUCGCGUUUUUCGAGGUCAUUGGGAUUUACGAUCAUUCCCUUGCUGUCAAGCUCGGCGUUCAUUUCUUCUUGUGGGGUGGAGCUAUCCAGUUUUUUGGUACAAAGCGCCAUCAUGACAAGUGGUUGAGGGACACUGAGAAUUACGCCAUUAAGGGUUGCUUUGCAAUGUCUGAAUUGGGUCAUGGAAGUAAUGUUCGAGGAAUCGAAACAGUCACGACUUAUGAUAAGAAUACCGGAGAAUUUGUGAUUAGUACUCCUUGUGAAUCGGCUCAGAAGUACUGGAUUGGAGGGGCGGCUAAUCAUGCAACACACACGAUAGUCUUCUCACAGCUAAAUAUAAAUGGGAGCAAUCAAGGGGUCCAUGCAUUUAUAGCCCAGAUCAGGGAUGCUGAUGGCAAUGUUUGUCCCGACAUCAGAAUUGCUGACUGUGGUCAUAAGAUUGGUUUAAAUGGUGUUGACAAUGGUCGAAUCUGGUUUGACAAUGUACGGAUCCCCAGAGAAAAUUUGUUGAAUUCAGUUGCAGAUGUUUCUCUAGACGGCCAGUAUUUGAGUUCAAUAAAAGAUCCGGAUCAGAGGUUUGCAGCAUUCUUGGCUCCUUUGACAUCUGGACGUGUAACUAUUUCAGUCAGUGCAAUUUACUCAUCAAAGAUUAGUUUAGCUAUUGCCAUAAGGUACGCAUUGACUAGGCGGGCCUUUUCUCUUACACCAAAUGGCCCUGAAGUUCUCUUGCUUGAUUAUCCCAGUCAUCAACGGCGACUUUUGCCUCUCCUUGCAAAGACAUACGCUAUGAGUUUUGCUGCCAAUUACUUGAAAGAGAUUUAUGUGAAGAGAACGCCCGAGUCAAACAAAACCAUCCAUGUUGUGUCGAGUGCAUUCAAGGCUACACUUACCUGGCACAACAUGAGGACUCUUCAGGAGUGUCGUGAAGCCUGUGGAGGGCAAGGUCUGAAGACUGAAAAUCGCGUAGGUCAUAUGAAAGCUGAAUACGAUGUGCAGUCCACUUUUGAGGGAGACAACAAUGUUCUCAUGCAGCAGGUCAGCAAGGCACUGCUUGCAGAAUAUAUUGCAGUUCAGAAGAAAAAUAAACCAUUUAAAGGAUUAGGAUUAGAACACAUGAACGGGGCCCAUCCUGUGAUUCCAUCUCAGCUUACAAGUUCUACUCUCGGAAGUAGCCAAUUCCAGAUGGAUGCGUUCUGCUUAAGAGAACGGGAUCUACUGAACCGUUUUUCUAUGGAAGUGUCACAACAUCAAAAACACGGCCAAAGCAAAGAGCACGCUUUCAUUCUGAGUUAUCAGCUCGCAGAAGAUCUUGGUAGAGCUUUCUCAGAUCGCGCAAUAUUGCAAACUUUUCUAGAUGCCGAGGCUACCGCUGGUUCAUUGAAGGAUGUGUUCGGAAAGUUGAGGUCCAUGUAUGCAUUAAUCUGCUUGGAAGAAGAGGCUGCAUUCCUCCGAUAUGGCUACUUAUCGAUGGAAAAUGCUGCUGCGAUUAGGAAAGAAGUAACGAAACUCUGCAGUGAAUUGCGACCGCAUGCGCUUGCAUUGGUCAGUUCCUUUGGCAUCCCUGAUGCGUUUCUGAGCCCCAUCGCUUUUAACUGGAUUGAUUCAAAUUCAUGGUCUUCCACUCAGCACUAAGCUCAGGUUGCCCCUCUUUCUACUCCAUUAUAUCGAGGAAUAGGUGUUCCGAUAAUGGCUAAGAAAGAUGGCUAAGAAAGCUUCAUUCCAAACUCAAUAAAAAUGUUGGGAUGUCUAUUUAUUUAUAGUGUAAUAAUGAUAACUAUAAAGGAAGAAAACAAAGGAAAUUAUUGUAAUACCACGUACAAUUUUUUGCAAACGUAUGCAACAAGAGUUGACGCAAUAAUGGUUGAAUAUUCGAAGGUGGUGUUAUUCAACAAAUCAUAAAUUGUUAAAUAGUGUUAGGUCUUCAAAA